UAUGUACGUCCAUAAACACGUUAGAUUUCUCAUGAAACUCGCGAGGCCCUUUUUUCGUCUCUUCAACACCUUCUCAGUGACUCCUCAAACACAGCGAGUCUCCAAUAAUUCACUCUCCAAUGACUCCGUUAAAGAGCUCCACGCACACCUCAUCAGAACACAACUCCACACCGACCCAUCUUCAAUCUCAUACGUUAUUCGAUCAUACGCUCUGUCUCCAGCCACUCUGCCCAAAGCCCAUCUCGCUUUCGACCAAAUCAAACGACCCACUUUGUCAAUUUGGAACCAUAUGAUCCGUGGAUUGUCACAGAGUGAUCGACCUAUUGAAUCAAUUACCAUGUAUGAUCGAAUGCGAGACCAAGGAUUUUCCGGAAACAAUCUUACCUUCAUUUUCGUUCUCAAGGCUUGCACUCGAGUUUCAGAUGUUGUAUGUGGACAGAAGGUUCAUGUUUGUUCCAUGAAACUUGGAUUUGAAUCGUAUAUUUUUGUUUGUAAUGCUUUGAUUCAUAUGUAUGCUUCGUGUGGCGAUUUGGAUUUUGCACGGAAGAUGUUUGAUGAAAUGGGUGACAGAGAUUUAGUCUCUUGGAACUCGUUGAUUUGUGGGUAUAGUCAGUCUAACAGAUUUCAGGAGGUAUUGGGUCUGUUUGAUGCAAUGCGGGCUGCAAAUGUGAAGGCAGAUGCUGUGACAAUGGUGAAAGUUAUCUUAGCUUGUAGCCAUUUAGGAAAUAGGGAAAAACUAGAUUUUAUGGUGAAGUAUAUUGCUGAUGAUCAUGUUGAGAUUGAUGUUUACUUGGGAAACACUUUGAUAGAUAUGUAUGGACGGGUUGGUUCGGUGGGAUUGGCACGUGAAGUUUUUGAUCAGAUGGCAGAGAAAAAUUUAGUUUCGUGGAAUGCCAUGAUCAUGGCGUAUGGAAAAUCAGGGGAUUUAGUUGCAGCGAGGAACCUUUUUGAUGACAUGCCAAAAAGGGAUGUGAUUUCUUGGACUUCAAUGAUCACUGGUUAUUCUCAAGCUAACCAGUAUUCUGAUGCUGUGAGGCUCUUUGAAGAAAUGAUGGCAGCUAAGGUUAAACCAGAUGAAAUUACAGUUGCUACUGUGGUUUCAGCUUGUGCCCAUUUAGGCACAUUGGAUAUGGGUAAAACGAUCCAUGACUAUAUUCACAAGCAUAAUAUAAAAGCGGAUGUUUAUGUUGGGAACUCACUGAUCGAUAUGUACUGCAAAUGUGGAUUGGUUGAGAAAGCAUUAGAAGUGUUUCGAGAUAUGAAAGAGAAGGACUCUGUGUCAUGGACUUCAGUCAUCUCAGGGCUUGCUGUGAAUGGAAACACUGAUUGUGUACUUGAACUCUUUUCACGAAUGUUGAGUGAAGGUAUUCGACCCACUCAUGGAACUUUUGUUGGGUUAUUACUUAGUUGCACUCAUGCUGGUUUGGUAGAUAAAGGAUUGGAAUUUUUUAGAAGUAUGGAAAAAGAUCAUGAGUUGGUGCCAGAAAUGAAGCAUUAUGGAUGUGUGGUUGAUCUUCUGAGCCGGUCUGGCAAUCUAGAUCAGGCAUAUGAGUUUAUUAAGCAAAUGCCUACGGUUCCAGAUGUUGUAGUAUGGAGGAUUUUGUUGAGUGCUUGUAAGCUUCAUGGGAAUGUGGGUCUAGCCGAGAUUGCCAAGAACAAGCUUCUCGAAUUGGAUCCUGGUAACAGUGGGAAUUAUGUUCUCUCAGCAAACGCAUAUGCUGGAGUGGAUAGAUGGGAAGAUGCUUUGAAAAUGAGAGAAUUAAUGGAGCAGGGUGAUGUGAAGAAACCAUCUGGUUGGAGUUCCAUAGAACUAAAUGUUGUAACAUCAGUUAAUUCUCACGAACAGUCUCUUCCCCAAUUUCAUAACAGAAAUGAAUCGACUACAGUGCCCACAUCUUAGGAUUUCUGAUUGAACAUGACCUUGAUGGCAUUACCACCACGAGCACUUGUUUCGAAAGCUUCCUCAACCUGCUCUUGAAUAAACUCAAACCUGUGCGUUAUGAGGGGCUUGACAUCAAUCUUUCCAGAUCUCAGGAACUCGAUGCAAAGC